UACACACACACACACACACAUUUGGUUGCAUUUUUCUCUUUUUCACUUGAACUCUUCCAUUUAUUUUCCCUCACAAAUGGAAAGACAAGGUAGAGAAUGAUUAAAUAAUAUCACAGUUCCACAGUCACAGAACGCAGCCUGAAGCUGAAUUCGACAUCACCUACUUCCCUUUACCUCCAAGCAACGCACAACACACUCACCCCCACUACUAUCAGAAUCAACAUACACACUCUCACCACUCACCACCUUACACAACCCAUCAAAAUCCCAUCUCUCCUACACAUUCCACACUUCAAAGUCCUUUCCUUUUUCUAUCUCUCACCCUGAUUUUCAUUCUCCCAUCUCAAAUGGAGAAGAUGAUACCUCUCUACAAGCUCGAAGCUCGUGGCUUAGUUUAGAAACUCUGUGAAAAAGGCCUUUGCUUUUUUUCUCUCUCUCUCUCCUAGCUUACUUUCCUUUUCUCUCUCUCUCUACAACUAUCUCUGCCGGAGGAUGGCAUGCCGGAAACUGAUCGCCGGGAACUUGGAUCCAAAGAGAAAGAGAAGUGGGGGCUUGAGGAAGAAACAAGCGGGAAGAGGAUCGUGCCGUGGUAGUUAGGACUUGGAAUCCAAACUCGCCGGAAAAUGCAUGGUCUCAGGCUUUGACCUUUACCCUUUUUUUUGUUUUUGUUCUUGCAUGCUUUUGUUCUUCCAUUGGGUCUGAGAAAAAGUAAGAAAAAUCUCGCGUGGUUUUGUGAGAAGAAAAAAAAAGAUGGGUUUUUUGUUGAAAGAAGCUUUGAAGACUCUAUGCGGUAGAGAUCAGUGGUCUUAUGCUGUUUUCUGGAAGAUCGGUUGCCAAAAUUCCAAGCUAUUAAUCUGGGAAGAAUGCUAUUAUGAACCCGUGCCAUGCCCUUUUCCUCCCCGCAAUUUUGGGACAUCUAAUUUGCCUUACCAGAAUGGGGAAGGAUGCUGGUUUUCUUCAGAGAUUCAAAAGGAGGACAGAGUCUGUUCUCUGAUUAACAAAAUGACAGUAAAUAAUUCAGUCAUUGUUGCAGGUGAAGGUAUAAUUGGACGGGCUGCAUUUACUGGCAGCCACCAGUGGAUUUUGAACAAUUUCACUAACGAUGCAUGUACACCAGAGGUAUCUGCUGAAGUGCAUCACCAAUUUUCAGCUGGAAUGCAGACAGUAAUAGUUAUUCCUGUGCUUCCUCAUGGAGUUGUUCAACUUGGUUCUUUCUUGCCGAUAAUGGAGAAUAUGGGAUUUGUAAAUGAUGUGAAGAGCUUGAUCUUGCAAUUGGGAUGUGUCCCUGGUGCCCUUCUAUCUGAAGACUAUUCAGCAAAACUUUCUACCGAAAGACUUGCUGGACCUGCUACUACUGCUGUGACUGUGUCUAUUGAUCCACCAGUCCUUACCUCGAAUCGCACUCCCUCAGUAACUGAUGGCUCCAAUCAGCAAAGUAAUUCAUCUCAUCCUUCAAGGCCUAUUGUUGAAACACCUUGUCCUCAAAGGGGAGAAAUGAAUACUUACCAGGGUUUUGCAUUGACACCCCAAACCCAUAACCUGAACCAGAUAUCCAAUAAUCUUUGCCAACCAAAGGUUAUUCCAAUGAGUAAAACAAGCUUUGCUGACCAGCGAGAGAAUAGAGCUUUGGAGGCUGAAGUGAUACCUUCAAAUCUUGAUUCAUGCCUGCAACAGCAUUCUGUUUCAUAUAAUGCAAGAUCUGCAUUCAAUAACUUAUCUGGUUUUGGACAUUAUGGCCAAUCAAGUCUAAAAUAUAUGGAUCAACAAAUCAUAUCUUCCAUUGGGAGCCAAGAUCAAAUUAACCCUACUAGUAUAAAUUCGUCAAACAUGUCUCAACUAAAAACAGAUGCGGGCCAUAUACUUGGCCACAAUCUGAGUUCUGGCAGUACUUCAUUUCUUGGAGGAAUCCCAAUACAUGGCGGGAUGAGUAGUCUUUUGAGGACAAAUCCACUUACUAGUUCUAGUUCAAAAUCUCCCAAAGUAUCCACAGCUGAUUUAUCUGGAGUACGAGAAGUUGGGAUUAGAUUUCAAAAUAAUGAUUCAACUAAAGCGGGGGAUUAUUCUCUGGCUAAUUUGACUAGUCAAUCAGGUGCCUUUCCCAUGUCUCUAGAAGGUUCUGAUCAGAAGAUUCUCCCUGUAGAUUUCAAGUGUGCUUUAACAGAUCAAAAGAUAGACUACAGUUUUCUUCAGGCGCCUAACUUCCCCACUUUUCAUGUUGAGGAGCAUGUGCCUAUUAGUCGUGAAAUCCCUGGUUUUUUCCCAGAUUGCCUUCAUAAAGAUGGUACCAGUCAAUCUAUUAUAACAAUGAAUCUUAAACACAAGCAAGCUUGUGCUCAACCUCCAUCAGGUGAUGACGACCUGUUCGAUGUUCUAGGUGUGGAUUUUAAACACAAACUGAUGAAUGGAAACUGGAAUAACCUGCUUGCUGAUGACUCAGAUGCUAAUGCAGAAAAUAUGGAUAAAAAGGCAACAGAUAUGAAUGUUCAGGAUACAAAUCCUAAUUGUUAUUCUGUUAAUGAAGCAAUAUCAGACAGUGGCAUCUUCUCUGGGAUGGGAACAGACCACCUCUUGGAUGCUGUGGUCUCAAAGGCCAAAUCUAUUGCGAAACAGAAUUCUGAUGACGUGUCUUGCAGGACAACAUUGACAAGGAAUAGUACCUCCUCUGUUCCCUCUACUACCUGCAGGCAGGUUAUGUCUGGUCGUUUCCAAGGGGGAUUGUUUGAUUUUCCUAAGAAUGAUUGUAAAACAGGUGCUGUAGACACUAGUUCUCUUAGGUCUGCAUGUAGCAAGGAUGAUGCUGGAAACAGUUCUCAAACUACUUCUAUAUAUGGGUCUCAACUUAGUUCAUGGGUUGAGAAUGGUGCUAAUGUUAAGCGUGAAAAUAGUGUUUCAACCGGAUACUCAAAGCGGCCGGAUGAAGCUUGCAAAUCAAUUCGUAAAAGGCUCAAACCAGGAGAGAAUCCCAGGCCUCGACCUAAAGAUCGCCAAAUGAUUCAAGAUCGUGUGAAAGAGUUACGAGAAAUCGUUCCAAAUGGAGCAAAAUGUAGCAUAGAUGCACUUCUGGAACGCACCAUUAAGCAUAUGCUUUUCUUGCAAAGUGUGACAAAGCAUGCUGACAAGCUCAAACAGACUGGGGAGUCUAAGAUUAUUAGUAAGGAAGGUGGACUGCUUUUGAAAGACAACUUUGAGGGAGGGGCUACUUGGGCAUAUGAGGUUGGCUCACAAUCAAUGGUUUGCCCUAUUAUAGUUGAGGAUCUGAAUCCUCCUCGUCAGAUGCUAGUGGAGAUGCUUUGUGAAGAGCGAGGUUUCUUUCUGGAAAUAGCUGACUUAAUCAGAGGAUUAGGUUUAACCAUCUUGAAGGGGGUAAUGGAAGCCCACAAUGAUAAAAUCUGGGCACAGUUUACGGUUGAGGCAAACAGGGAUGUAACCAGGAUGGAAAUAUUCAUGUCACUUGUUCAACUUUUGGAGCAAACAGUGAAGGGUAGUGCAUCUUCAUCCAAUGCAAUUGAUGACAUGAUGGUUUAUAACUCUUACCCACAGGCUCCCCAGAUACCAGCAUCUGGAAGGCCUAGUAGUUUGCAAUGAACCACAUAUUAUAUUGUUUCUUAGUAUGGAAGUGUUGAGAGCAAGUAUGGUAUAUGCUUUGCCAUGACUAACAUCAAAUCCAAUCUAAGAUUUCAAGUGGUUUUAACUUUGUCUAACUGUUUCACAUCUCAUAUAUGAAAUCAUUUUGAAGUGGAACGUGUAGGGUAGUGAAGAGCAGCAUAUCAAGAUUAAUAUGUAUUCUUAUAUUGUAACUGAAUGUUUCCUCCUGUGCCUGCCAACAUAAUGUAACCUGUGUUGGCAUUAUCUACUGAUCUAUUACUGAACUCUUAGAUGACUUGCGUCCAUUUUUUUGUGUGUUGGUAAGAGUUGCCCAGAAGUUGGUAUUGUGACUCAGAUCAGAUGUAUAGAUAUUGUAGGAUAUGGAAAGAAAGGGGUUCAUGUGCUCAUUAGCAAGCUAUGCACUUUUUCUUCCCUUACCCUUUUACUCCUGGGUUUUCUUGGGGUGUUGAAUUUGAAAGUGUUAUAACUAAUGGCAGUGUUAUAAAUGUAAGCUCUGUGUGGUUUGUA